AUGAGCUUGUGGACCCUAGGAGAAUAUUUUGCAGUUGUUCUGUUUUACGAAUCGAAACCCGAAGACGGCAGCCUCCAGUUGGAAGAAUCACUGGCCAGAAUCUUGGUUGAUUUCUAUCCUCUUGCAGGAAGAUUCAUCAAUAAUUAUAGUUCGAUUGACUGCUGCGACGAGGGAGCCGAGCUCGUCGAAGCAGAGGCUCUAGACGUCGAGCUGAUCGAGCUCGUAGCAAAAAUGGAGCUCGAUCAGCUCGACAAUCUCCUCCCCGACCAACACGAAGCUCCUGAUAUUCCAAUCCUCUCAAUCCAGAUCACACGUUUCUCAUGUGGUGGGGCCGCCGUCGCCAUCAGCGUCUCCCACAAGAUCUUCGAUGGGUCGUCGCUUGCGACGUUUGUGGCCGCCUGGACGGACGCCACCAAUCCAGAUCAUGCUAAGAGGGUAAUCUGCCCGUCUUUUCAUCUCCCCUCGUUGCUUCCAUCCGUGAUCCGCAACGACAACCCGGCCCCGGCCCCGGCCCCGGGUUCCGGUCACAAGCUUGCUUUGAAGAGGCUUUCGUUCAACAAGGAGGCUUUAACCAGCCUGAAAUCAAGAAUAAGCCGAACCAACGGAAAACCCUUAUCCGGAGCGCGUGUUGUGUCUGCCGUUUUGGCCGAAGCUCAAUUCCGACUGGAUCGCGCCAAACACGGUAGAAGCAGAAGCUGCGUCGUAUAUCAAACGGCUAACAUGCGGGAGAGAUCAAUACCACCGCAGCCUAGACACACUUGUGGGAAUUUCUGGGCCCUAACAAUGACGCCACCCACGGACGAGGUCGAUGUUAAUCAACUUGUUCGUGUAUUGGGAGAUUCUAUUCGAGACGCCAUUGCUCGUCAUGCUGAGAUUCUGUCUCCUGAUUGUAAUGAUGGACACGAUAUGUACACAAAUAUUAUCGAAAACUACUUUAGGCAUAUGUGCGAUCCUGAAAUCACUGCUUUAUCAAUCUCUGAUUGGAGUAGAUUUGGAUUCCACGAAGCUGACUUCGGAUGGGGGAAGCCUGUUUCGACGAGCAAUCGAUUUUGGAAGGCGACCAACAACUUUGUGGUGCUGAUGAGCGACAAAUCGGGAGAUGGGAUUGAGGCAUGGUUGUAUUUGAACCAACAUGAGGCCCUGCUAAUCCUCAGUGGCCUGGUAGAGGGCGUCGUCGCGGUGGAUGCGGCGGCGGGAUCCAACGGCCUGCUGGGGGUCGCCGCGCCUCUUGGAUAUGGGGGUGGGCAAUUGUUUUUGCUAGACCUUGAAAAUUGGUGUAGGGACGAGGGAUUUGCAGAUUUGGAGAUUUCCCCUUAUGCAAGAGGAUCUAGCAGCGAGUCGGAGAUGGAAGAUGGAGAUUCAGGGAAAGGGGCGGAGAUGGAAGAUGGAGGAUGGCAGGUGAGGCGGCGGAUGGAUCUCGACGAGUCGAAGAUGGAAGAUGGAAAUUCAGGGAAAGGGGCGGAGAUGGAGGAUGGAGGAUGGCGGUGA